UCCACCUAUUAAAGGUCGUAGAGGAGGUACACUAGAUUCGGUGAUCACUUUAUUGUAAAUUUAUAAUCUUCAUCACGAUUAUGGUAACUAUUGAAUGCCCAUGUCGAUUAUAUCCUCUUCUCUACUGGUUCCUAUAAUGGACGCUAUUAGUAUCAUUCAAAACCAGUCUAUAUACCCAAUCACUUGUUGUCCGAUAGGGCAAUCUUUAUAUUGCCCGCUACUACUAAGUCCGACCAGUCAGGGUCGAGUUACACAUUUCUGUUGCUCUCUUUGGGUGUUCCUGUCGCUGGUGUUUAUUGGUCCUUUCUCCUGGUUACAAGAUCAGUUAACAUAGU